AUGGAGAGCGCCUGCUCCUCCGCUGCCCCCGCCCGACACUCGCUCACCUCUUACUUCAUCGACAGCAUCCUAGGCAGCCGGAGCCCCGACGAGGGACACCACGGUGAGCGGCGCAGGAGGAGGAAAAGGAUACGGUACCGGGGUGAUCAGUGA